AUGUGUCCCGUAACUCCCGAAUUUAAUCCCGUUUGCGGUUCGGAUUAUUCUACUUAUAGCAACAUGGGAAGGCUUAAAUGCGCUCAAUAUUGCGGGAAAAGCGUGACUUUGUUUCAUUAUGGUAGAUGUAGAGGAAUGAGAGCCGUCACAGCGGAUACGAAAACAACAACGACAAAAAAACCAAAUCCAGCACCGAUAAAGUUCCUUAAUUUUUCUUUUUAA